AUGACCUCUCACUCUUCAACAACAGUGAUAGCAUCGGAACAACAAAAUGACAACAACAAGAAGGCUGAUGUUGAUCAACAACAACAAGAAUUAACGCAAAAUAUAAACAACUUUUUAAAAUUUUACUCAAUGUUCUCGCCUUCAUCCAUCAUCUCAAACCAGAUUCCUCUGCAAAUGGAAUCCGAUGAAGAGGAUGAUGAACUACUCAAACAUUUUGCUGCCAAGAAACAAAAGUAUGAAAAAUCCAAAAUGUCCAAGUUGGCUAAAAAGCGAUACAAAAACAAAUUGGCUAUUGAAUCCGAUGAAGAUGAGGACUCUGAUGACGAUGAAGACUCGAAUAUAUUUAAUGAGGAUCAUGAUGAUUCAUCUGAAAAUUCUAAAAAGAGAAAACGAAAAGAUGACAAGGAUUCAAACUCAUCGAUGAAAUUCUCCAAAGUUGUUGAUGUUUUUGAUGAUGGUGAGGCCGAUAGUGAUGAACCCUCUUCAUCCUCCCGAAAUUCUAAAAAACAAAUCAAGAAGGCAAUUUCAGAAAAACUAAAACAUCAAUCGAAAUUGAGCCAUAUGAAACAUGGCGAUAAAAUUGCAAAGGAAGAGAAGAUGCAAUCAGCCAUGACUAAAAUUGUUAAAGGUAGAGAUGAUAAUGAUGUGAGAGUUUUGCAAUCCAAGUUAAAGAAACAAGAACAGCUUGCCAAAAGGAAACAAAAACAGAAAAAGCAACAAACAAACUCAUCUUCUUCGGAAAGAAAGAGAGCUGGUUUUGAGGGAAGAAGUAAUGGAAAGAUUAAUGAUAUUCAAAAUCUUCAGAAAUUAAAACAAAAGGUGCGAUAA